CUUCCAUCUCAACAACACCAUGUCUCCCUCUUGACUCCUGUCGCCGUCUCUCGCACGCAUCAGAACCAUCAUGUUCUCCUAGGACAUGAUGCCAUGGCCGGAGACGUUCACGAGCAUAGCGAUGCAGCGAACAAAGAAGUCGAGCCGACGGAGGCGGAAAGGCUAUUGAACGAGCAGGGCGGGGAAGAGGACAAUGCCUCCCAGAACAGCGACACGCCAUCCACCGCGAACGGAGGGCAAGAUCUGGCAAAGACGGGACAAGAUGCGAAGAGACCGCGAGCGUCGCCGCGGAGGCAGUCCUCGUUUGCCCAGCAUCGGCCUGGUGGCACUCCGCGUACACAAAACCGGGUGCGGUUUGACGUGAUUGAGCCUCCGAGCGCCAUGGGGCAGGAAUGGCUGGACGAGGAGGACUAUGUUGAAGGCGGGGGACAGCACGCGCCUCUGCUCACCAGCAUCGAAGCACCCAGCGUCACGCUCGCAAACGACAUUGACCUCGAUCCCGCCGAAUACCUCGAAUCCGCACGGCCCAAGAGCGGGCUGAGAAGCGCCUUUAUGAACAUGGCAAACAGCAUUAUUGGUGCCGGGAUCAUUGGCCAGCCCUACGCUUUCAAGCAAGCUGGCCUCUUCACUGGCAUCCUCUUAUUAAUAUCUUUGACCGUCAUCGUGGACUGGACUAUCCGCCUGAUCGUAACCAACUCCAAGCUCAGCGGCGCCGACUCCUUCCAGGCAACGGUGCAGAAGUGUUUCGGCAAGCCGGGGCUCAUCGCCAUCUCCGUCGCGCAGUGGGCAUUUGCAUUCGGCGGCAUGGUGGCGUUUUGCGUGAUCAUCGGCGACACCAUCCCUCGUGUGAUUGCCUCUGCUUUUCCUUCGCUGUACGAUAAACCGGUCCUCUGGCUGCUCACGGAUAGACGGGCGAUUAUUGUGGUGUUUGUCAUGUGCAUUUCUUACCCGCUUUCUUUAUACCGCGACAUUGCCAUGCUCGCAAAAGCAUCGACUCUAGCUCUAAUCUCCAUGCUCAUCAUCCUCAUCACCAUCGUCACCCAAGGACCCAUUCAAUCUCCCAACCUCCGUGGCCCUCUUCAAGGCAGCCUUCUGAUCAACAACGGCGUCUUCCAGGCCAUUGGCGUAAUCUCCUUCGCUUUUGUCUGCCACCACAACUCCCUCCUGAUCUACGGCUCGUUGAAAACGCCGACUAUGGACCGCUUUGCCAAGGUCACGCACUACUCCACCGGCAUCAGUAUGCUGGCGUGCAUGACGAUGGCGUUGGCUGGAUACCUAUCUUUUGGUUCAUUGACGGAAGGCAAUGUGCUCAACAACUUCCCUACCGAUAAUGUCUUGGUCAACAUUGCGAGACUGUGUUUUGGUCUCAACAUGUUAACCACCCUCCCGCUCGAAUGCUUCGUCUGCAGAGAAGUCAUGAACCAAUACUUCCACCCCAACCAACCCCACAACACCAAACGCCACCUCAUCUUCACCACCGGCCUCGUCAUCAGCGCCAUGAGCGUCUCCCUCAUCACCUGCGACCUCGGCGUCGUCUUCGAACUCGUCGGCGCCACCUCCGCCUGCGCCCUCGCCUACAUUCUGCCUCCGCUGUGUUUUGUCAAAUUAACGAGUCGGCGGACGUGGGAGACGUAUGCUGCGUAUGCGUGUAUUGCGUUUGGAUGCGUGGUUAUGGGGAUUAGUUUGACGCUUUCUGUCAUUAAGAUGGUGAAGGGUGGGGGUGAGGGUGGGAGUUGUAGGUAGAUGAUCGAUGAUGAUGUUAUAGAGUAAAUUGUACCUUUCCUGGUCGAUCACCGUACUCUUUG